CGAAUUUGGUCCCCUUUUGCAACUUUGCGACAAUUCGUCGACACAACAUUGAAUUUCCGAAUCCUACCCUUCCCUGAUUCUUCAAAGCCAUACAACGAUACAACAGGCCAAAAAUCACCUUCAAGAUGCCUCCUCGACACCAAACGCUUCCGCCUGCACAAACAUCCUCGGCCCGCGAGGCUCUGCAGUCCUUCUACUGCCAACUAUGUAGCAAAGGAUACAGUCGCAUGAACGAUUACGAAGCCCACCUGUCGUCCUACGACCACUCGCACAAGCAGCGCCUCAAGGACAUGAAGGCCAUGGUGCGCGACCCGACAGCCGCAGCGCGUGCUCGAAAGGCAGAGGCCAAAGCGGAUGGUGUCAUCAGUAUCAAGAUUGGCGGAGAGGAUGGUAGCGCCGGCGCCGCCGGGUUCAAGAAGGGUGGGUUCAAAAAGUCUGGCUUCAAGUCUGCCUUUGCGCCGGUCGAGGCUGUGUCGCAACAGCAAACUGCCCCGGAGCAGCAGGGCGGCGGCGGCGCCAGUGGUUGGAAGAAGGCGGAAGAUGGCGCUGUGGCGACCGUACCUGGUCACGAGAGGGUAGACAGACAGACUCAAGAUGGCGAAAGCGAUACGGAAGACGAGGGCUACGAAGUUUACGACCCACGACACCCGACCGACUGAAUACCCAUCUCCUCACUGGCCUACUUCAUUUUGGACAUCCAAGUUGCACAGAUUGGCAUGAAAAGCUAGCAGGCGCGACUCUGGGGCGGCUCUAUUAAACCUUCGCGCAGGGACCCGGCCCAUAUAUGAAAAGCUACAGACAAACACCAACAGCGGUAUCAACAUUACAUUCUGAACCUCAAAUCACAUCGGAUGCUGCCCUGGAACCUGCCCAGAGCCUGGAACAGGAGCUGCGGUACUCUGAGCCCAGCUCUCGGGGCUGAAUUGGCUCAGAUCCCUCUCUAGCAUCCCCAUCAUGGACAAAUUACCCGAGAACCAAUCCCCCAGUUGCGCGGUCCCAAACUCGUAACCCAGUCCCGGCUGCUGCUGCAAGACGCUCGGUCCAGGUUGCUGCUGCGGAUGCGAAGAAGCCUGCGGCGGCAUGAAGCCGAGGUCCCGGAAAUACAUGUCGAACUCCAUGUUGACGGGGUACGCUGUCGCGCCAUUGUCGGCCUGAGUCGCCGCCAUCUGCUGCUUUUUGGUCUCUAGGUACAUGGUCGCCACGUUGACGAGCGCGUUGCAGAGACGGUGGAGCUUGCCGACCGGCUCGCUGAUGUCGCGGCAGACCUCGAGGGACUUGACGAACUCGGUAAGCCGUGCGAGGUCCUCCAGGUUCGAGGUUUCGAUGAUGUGGCAAAAGAUGACAAUGAAAGGGAUAAAAGGGGAGUAUAGAAUCGUCCUGGUUUUUAUUCAUAAUUCAAUUCUUGUCAGCAUAAAACUCGAUCCUUCGUUUGGUUAUCCAUCUCCAAAUAAUAUCGAAAGAAAUCAAGCACAGAAAAAACAAAAAUAAAAAUAAAACCAUACCAAUGGAUAUAGGCUGUCGCCA